AGCUCAUGGUUUUGUGUUGGUUGUGUGGCUUGUUUCAGUAAUUUCGUUUUGGUUGUUUCGGUGGUUUCAUCUGGGAGGUUGUGAUUUGUUGUUUUAAGCCAAUAUUGGACUUGGAAGAGAAGCUCACAAGUCAACUUGAUGAAAAUGUUUACAUAUGUAAAAAUAAACUUUCACCUAGUAAUUUUAAAGUUGUGAUAGCUUAAACAUGGUACCGUUUGUUGUCAUGGCAACUAAUUCUGACAUCACAAAGAUUUUGUUUUGUUCUUCAGCCAAAUAUAUAUAUUCAGGUUUUCCUAGUUAAAUUCUGUAAACACACUGAGGUAGCUGUGUGAUGGUAAAAAUAUUUAAUUACUUAAAAUAGGUCAAAGCCUUAAUUCUAAGUAUUGAGAGCAACAACAACAGUUCAGCUAUAAAUUUAAACCAUUAUUUCUCUUUGUAGUAAGAGAUGGCACACCCUCAGAUUAUAUAUUAGAAGUACUGAGUGAUAAAAUUGUAAACUGGAAAAGGCUUGGGCGUUGCCUUGGGCUCAGUGAUCCACAGCUUGAACAAAUAAAUCAAGCUCACAACCAACUGUCUGAAAAGGUAUACCAUAUGUUAAAUCACUGGAAACAUGGAAAAGGUUCUUCAGCAGCAACCUACAAGGCCUUGUGUGAUGCAUUAAGCCACGAACUUGUACAGCGCCAAGACUUGGCAGAGAAGUUUUGUUACAUUAAUGAACCUUUCGCCAUUCAUUUGCCCACUGGUGCAGUACCAGCAGGAAGAGUGACAGGAGAAGUUUCUGGUGCCGCUGCAAGUACACUUGACAGUGGAGAUUCCACUGGAGCGAGAAGUACUUUGAAACGGAAACAUUCGGAUCCAGAUCCUGAACGAGAAAACCUCAAAGACACACUCGAGCAAAUGAGAAAUCAAGUGAAAAAGUUGGAAUCACUCCUAGAUGAAGACAAACUUCAACAGAUGAAAAGUGAGAUAGCGAACAUGAGUGAGAAGUUAGACACUUUGGUAGCACAAAGAGAGACCGACGAUGAAGACAAUACGAGAGAUGAUUUCAAGGAAAUGGCAAGGGACAUACGAACCAUCAGUGAAAAGCUAAAAAGUCAAGUGACAUCAGGGGAAGAAGGAAACAGCAGAGACAACCUUGAGCAGAUGAAAACGAAAAUUGCAGACAUCAAAGAAACGUUGGACACGUUAAUGAACCCACUUCCUCUGGAAGAAAAGAAACAGAAGAUGGAAGAAAGCCUCAAAGAGACACUCGAGCAAAUGGGAGAUCAAUUGAAAAACGUCAGUGAAACGUUAGACUCCUUGAGGCAAGCAAGCCAAGAUGAAGAAAACCUCAAGGAGACACACAAGCAAAUGAGAAAUCAUGAGAAGAACAUCAGUGGAAAGCUGGACUCCUUGAGGGAACCAAGCCAAGAUGAAGGUCAGUACGUAGACUUAAGAUAUUUCAAGGCACAGAGGUUCCUUCUCUAGUCACCAAAAAUGUUC